GAGCGCCAAAUUUGCCUAAGGUUAGGCGAGAGUUUAAGAAUUUGCGUGACAUCCGAGGUCCUUCUACAGAAGCCACAGAAUUUACUGAAGGCAAUAUGGUAUUUUGGCUAUGAGUGGUGGCUAUCUCCGCUGGACUCACUUUGAAAUGAUGCACCUGAGUAUUAAUCGGCACAUGAAUUCCAAGACAAUGUUUGCUGUAUGGAGAGUCCCUGCUCCGUACAAGCCCAUUACCCGGAAGGGACUAGGACACCGCAUGGGUGGUGGGAAAGGUGCAAUUGAUCACUAUGUGUCCGCAGUGAAAACAGGUCGACUCAUAGUGGAAAUUGGUGGGCACUGUGAGUUUGCUGAAGUGAAACACUUCCUAACUCAAGUGGCCAAGAAGUUGCCUUUCCAAGCCCAAGCAGUCAGCAAGCAAACCCUUCAAGAGAUGCAGGACAGAGAAGAGGAGAGGCAGUUUAAUAACCAGAAUCCAUGGAUGUUUGAGCGCAUUGUUACCGCCAAUAUGCUGGGAAUACGGAAAUAUCUGAGCCCCUAUGACUUACAAUACAAGGGUCGCUACUGGGGCAGGUUCUACCUGCCCGACCGGGUAUGAGUGGAGACUUGUGGAACCUGA